AUGAGGACAACCAGCAUCCUCCUUGUCGUUGUUCUCAUGGUCAUGUAUGCUAUCAAUGCAUCAGCUACGCGUUGUGGAGAUUCGAUGGGACUUCAAUUGUGGCACACGACAAUAGUGAAUGGGUGGGAGCCAAUCGUCAACAUAAAUGAUGAGCACAUCCAGGAGCUCAGUAGCUGGGCGGUGUUGGAGUUCAACAAGCACGUGAACUGCACAGUCAAGUUCAACAAGGUGUUGAGCGGCCGACAACAACUCGUAUCCGGCAUGAACUAUGAGCUCAUCAUUGAUGUGACACACUUUGGUGGGGAAGAUGGUAACUACAAGGCUGAGCUUUAUGAGCAGGAGUUGACGAAAAAACGCCAGCUCCUCUCCUUUACCAAAGUGAAAUAG